CGGAGCGUGACCGGAGCGUGUCCGGUGCGUGUCCGGAGCGUGUCCGGUGCGUGUCCGGAGCGUCCCGGCGCGUCCCGGUGCCGGCGCGGCCCGGUGCCCCCAUGCAGCGGGAGGUGGGCGCGCUGCCGCUGGCCCCCGCGCUGCGCGCGCGCCUCGCCGCCGCCGGCUUCCAGACGGCGCAGGAGCUGCUGGACACCGGGCCCUGCGGCCUGAGCAAAGAAAUUGGAAUCUCCCGGGAAGAGGCGCUGGAAGCGCUGCAGCUGGUGAGGCAGGAAUGCCACGGGGACGCAGCAAGGACAGCGGGGGGAGCAGGUGCCACCAGGAAGUGCACAGCCCUGGAGCUUCUGGAAGAAGAGCAGACCCAGGGCUCCAUCAUCACCUUCUGUUCAGCACUGGACAACAUCCUGGGAGGUGGAGUGCAGCUGACAAAAAUCACCGAGAUCUGCGGAGCACCCGGCGUUGGCAAAACCCAGCUCUGCAUGCAGCUGGCAGUGGAUGUCCAGAUCCCAGAGUGCUUUGGAGGCGUUGCAGGAGAAGCUGUGUUCAUUGACACCGAGGGAAGUUUCAUGGUGGACAGAGUGGUGGACAUUGCAGCUGCCUGUGUGCAGCACUGCCACCUGAUUGCUGAGGCUCAGCCAGAAGAGGAUCAUCAGAAAGCUUUGGAGACUUUCUCUCUGGAAAAUAUCCUCUCUCACAUCUAUUACUUCCGUUGUCGUGACUACACGGAGCUGCUGGCCCAGGUCCACCUCCUGCCAGAAUUCCUGUCAGAGCAUUCCAAGGUGAGGCUGGUGGUGAUUGAUGGAAUUGCCUUUCCCUUCCGCCACGACUUCGAGGACCUGUCCCUGCGCACGAGGCUGCUCAACGGGCUGGCCCAGCAGCUCAUCAUCACAGCCAACGACCACAGGGCAGCUGUAGUUCUGACAAACCAAAUGACAACAAGGAUUGGACAAAGCCAGUCCACAUUGGUACCUGCCUUAGGAGAAAGCUGGGGACACGCUGCCACCGUCCGUUUAAUCUUCCACUGGGACAACACUCAGAGGUUGGCCACGUUGUACAAAUCACCGAGCCAGAAGGAGUCCACCAUAGCCUUUCACAUCACAUCCCAUGGCUUCCGAGACGUGCAGCCUGCAGCUGUCCCUGCCAGCACAGAAGGGACUGAGCUGAACCCUCGCAAACGGCCACGGACAGAGGAGGAGAAGCAGCCGUGAUCCCAAAGUGAUCCCAAAGUGAUCCCAAAGU